AUGAGGGGAGAGAACGUGACUAACGUCAGGGAAUUCAUCCUUGUGGGCUUCCCCACGGCUCUGUGGCUGCAGUAUGUGCUCUUCGCUUUCUUCCUCCUGGCCUAUCUCUUUGUCCUGGCUGAGAACACCACUAUUGUCCUGGUGGUCUGGGCCAGUGCUGCUCUCCACAAGCCCAUGUAUUACUUUCUGGCGAGCCUGUCCUUCCUGGAGGUCUGCUACGUCUCUGACAUCCUCCCUAAGAUGCUGGACAGUUUCCUCUUCCAGCGGAGAAGCAUCUCAUUCGCAGGCUGCAUGACCCAGCUCUACUUCUUCAGCUCUCUGGUCUGCAGUGAGUGCGUUCUUCUGGCCUCCAUGGCCUACGAUCGCUACGUGGCCAUUGGCCAACCUUUGCGCUACUCAGCCAUCAUGACCCCUGGCCUCUGUGUGCAACUGGUGACCUUGUCCUAUGCUAGCGGCUUCACCAUCUCCAUGAUUAAAGUCUAUUUCAUCUCCAGUGCCACAUUCUGUGGCUCCAACAUCAUGAACCACUUUUUCUGUGACAUCUCCCCCAUCCUCAAACUGGCCUGCACAGACUUCUCCACUGCCGAGCUGGUGGACUUUGUCUUGGCUUUCAUCAUUCUGGUUUUCCCGCUCAUUUCCACCAUGCUCUCCUAUGGACACAUCUGCAUGGCUGUGCUGAGAAUGCCCUCCUCCAGUAACCGGUGGAAAGCCUUCUCCACCUGUGCCUCUCACCUCACGGUGGUGGUCAUCUUCUACAUGGCCAUGAUCUUCAUGUACGUCCGUCCCCAGGCCAUUGACUCUCGCAGCUCAAAUAAAUUUAUUUCGGCCAUCUACACAGUCCUAACUCCAAUUGUGAACCCUCUCAUCUACUGCCUGAGGAACAAAGAAUUCAAGGGCAGCCUAAAAAAGAGCCUGGGCAUUGAUCAGGCUCUGGGGGAGGAACCCACCUUCCACCAUUAG